CAGCUGAAUAGCGUGAUGGGAAAAACUUCCAUUGUUUGUUAUUGUUUCAUUUGUGAGGUUAGAUAUCCAAACUGUCUGUUGUUUAUAAUUCAAUUUAUGUAUAAAAUAUUCUAAAUAACUAAACCAUGGAUGCUUUUUUAAAGCGGAAAAAUGACGAAGAGAAUUCAAAUGACAUGAAGAAGGCGAAACCUAAUGAAACUUGUCCCCACGCCAUUAAAUGUUACCGACGAAAUCCUCACCAUUUCAAGGAAUACGGUCACCCACACUUAGAUGAACUUUUACAAAAAGGCGAGCCAUUGGAACUGCCUCCCAAUUACCCUCAACAAAAGCAGAUUAUUAUGGAACAACUGGAGGUAUUAAAAAGUUUGCGUGGUUUACAAAAGCCUGCAAUGGAAGAGAACAAGGUUAAAGCGAGUACAAGCACUUCUUCGGAUGGUGGUCGGCAAUCUACAAGGCAAAAAACUACCAGUUACAUUCCAAAUUCAACCCCGUCAUCUAAGAUGCACAAUGGGCCUUCAAUGCUAGAAAAAUUGGAAAAGAACGCUCCUUACAACCUGUUUUUCUCAAUAAUACCGGAUUCACCACAGACAGUCACUCAUCAAAAUACAAUUACAUUUCACGAACUGCUAUGUCCAAGUUUGGGUGAUUUGAAAUGCUCUCUUCAAAUGAAUUUUAUGAUCGACAUCGCUUGGUUAAUGGAGCAGUAUGAGAAGAUGGGCCAAGAAAAGAAACCUUUGACCAUUUUGUACGGCGACGAGUUUCCGGAUAUGAAGAAGUAUAUAAAGCUUAAGUUGCCUAAUGUGACCGAGCAGUAUGUUAAGCCCAAAGACCCUUUCGGCAUUCACCAUUCUAAAGUUGGCAUUUAUGUUUAUACUGAUAACUCGCUGAGAGUGGUUGUUUCUACUGCAAAUUUAUAUUAUGAAGAUUGGAAUUAUUAUAAUCAAGGGUUGUGGAUUAGCCCACGUUGUCCAGUUUUGGACGCUGCACAAUCAGAUGUUUCCGGUGAUGGUCCCACCAAUUUCAAAACUUCAUUAAUUAGUUAUCUCAACUCGUACGAAUUGCCCAUCUUGAAGCAGUGGAUAGACUACAUUAAACGAGCCGACUUCAGUGCUGUUCGGGUGCAUUUAGUGGCGUCAGUACCGGGACACCACACUGCCGCAAUUCGCCCAUCAAACUGUCAUUUACAUCGCGUUGGUGAGUUACUGUCGAAACACUGCUCGUUGCCAGCAAAAACAACACCGACAAGCGAAGGUCCACUGUCAUGGGGCAUUAUUGCCCAAUCUUCGAGUAUUGGUAAUUUAGGUAAAGCGCCCGGAGAUUGGUUGCGCAGUACUCUGUUGCGUUCACUCGCAAGUCAUAAAGAUUGCAAGCUACCUUCAAAUUCGAAUGCUACAAUCAGCGUUGUUUAUCCCACACAAAACAAUGUUUUGGGCAGCUACUACGGACCUCUAGGAGGGGGCUGUUUACCGUACAGCAAAUCAGCUCACGAAAAGCAGAAGUGGCUUAAGGAUUACUUACACGAGUGGAGAGCUGAUGACUUAUCUCGUUCGCGGGCAAUGCCACACAUUAAAACCUACUGCCGUGUUUCGCCUUGUACCACAAAGCUGGCUUGGUACCUUAUUACCAGCGCAAAUAUGUCAAAAGCUGCUUGGGGUGCUAAUAUUAAUAAAAUGGGCAAGAGUUACGUGCGGUCCUAUGAGGUUGGGGUGUUGUUCAUCCCCAGCAAUUUUAAUGAAACUUAUUUCCAAAUUAAGCUCACUGAUUCAGAUUCACAAAAUUUGUUUCCGUUUGUAUAUGAUCUUCCAUUAACGUCUUAUAAGAAAGAAGAUGAGCCUUGGUGUAAUUAGUUUUUGUAUUUACAUUAUGAUUUAAUAAAGUUGUUUCGCAUUA